AUGAGGACUUUGCCUUGUCGCUUUUGGCUUUUGGCUACUAACCAUCAGCUGGUUCUCUUCUCAUCUCUUGCAAGUUGCAACUAUGCAAUAAAAAAAGUGCAGAAGCAGAGAAAAGAAAAGAAAAGCUUUGGUAAGAUGAAUGAUUAUUCAAUUUUGAAGUACGUAUUGCAGCACAGCAACAUUGUAUCCUUGAUUAAGGAAAUGCGUAAACAACACGUGCUUACCUCUGAUAUGCAUUUAUGUGACUUAAUCAAAAUAAGUUCUAUUAAUAUCAAUGAUAAAAAUAAUAACAAAAACAAGCCAACGGCCAAUCGCAGUCGAUGGAAUUCAGUUGAUGAAUUUGUUGUACACACAAAAAAAACGUUGAGAAAUAAAUAUUUACACACUAGAUUGCAUUUUUCAAAUGUUAAUCCGUUGCUGCUAGUUUGUGCUUUGCUCAUAUUUAUAGACCACCUCGCAAAGUUUAAUGAACUCACUCAGAUAUUCACAUUGAACAAGGCAUCUAAUACGAAUUUUACGUUGAAAAAUAGAGACAAGAAGUCUUUGUUGCCUCAGAAUAAUCUCAUGGCUUGUUUCAUAAUCUAA